AAAACCCAAUUAAGAAUAAACUAUUUUUGUUAUGUAAAAUAUAAUAUAAUAAUAUUAAUUAAAGUACAGUUUGCUAUUAUGAAUAUUAUUAUCUUGUUAUUCCACCUUUGUUGAGUCCUAUUUCUUAACCAAGGGAGCCCUCUGGAGCUACAGUAGUCACACGCAUCUGUCAGCUGUCAUAUCACUGCAGUCCAGUUGAGAAGAAACAACAGUGCAACAAAUGUGUCUCUACAGGAACAUAGCAUGGUUUAUCAAGGGAAUGAGGGCGUAUACAAGGUCUGGAUUUGAGAAUGCCUCUAAGAGCUUUGUAGCAAAGGACCUGGAUGUGUCCAUGGUGGGCCGUUCCUUCAUGAUCACCGGAGCCAACAGUGGAAUAGGGAAGGCGACAGCCAUGGCCAUAGCCAAAAAAGGUGGCACUGUUCAUAUCGUCUGCCGAAACAAAGAGCGAGCUGAGAGAGCCAGAGAAGAAAUCAUCUCAGCGAGUGGAAAUACUGAGGUUUACGUCCAUGUGUUGGACCUCUCCGAGACGAGAAAGGUGUGGGAGUUCGCAGAGGCCUUUAAGAAGCAGCACUUGUCGCUCAAUGUUUUGAUCAAUAAUGCCGGAUGUAUGGUGAACCAGAGGGAAAUUAACUCUGACGGACUGGAGAAAAAUUUUGCGACCAAUACUCUUGGUGUUUAUGUUCUGACUAAAUGUCUGAUUCCAUUGCUGGAGAAGAGCAAGGACCCCCGAGUUAUCACGGUGUCAUCGGGAGGGAUGCUGGUACAGAAACUCAACACAGACGACCUGCAGACUGAGCGAGCUCCAUUUGAUGGUACCAUGGUAUAUGCACAAAACAAGAGGCAGCAGGUAGUCAUGACAGAGGUCUGGGCCAAAGCAAAUCCCAAAAUUCAUUUCUCUGUGAUGCACCCUGGGUGGGCUGACACACCAGCGGUUGCCAAGGCGAUGCCUCAGUUCCAUCAGAUGAUGCGUAAUCGUCUGCGUUCGGCGGAGCAGGGAGCCGAUACAGUCGUCUGGCUAGCCGUGUCACGUGCCACCGCUGCGCUUCCCAGUGGCCUUUUCUUCCAAGAUCGACAGCCGGUUUCAGCACACUUGCCCCUGGCGUGGACACACAGCUCUCGACGGGACGUCAAAGCCUUCGUGGGUCGGUUGGAGACUUUGGCGUUGGCUGUCAAACCCUCAGAGUGAGAUAUUACACAUAGAACAUGUUAGAUAUUAUACAUGUCAGAUAACAGAGGUUUUACAGUGCACAGUACUAAAAUAACAUUCAUGCUAUGUGUAACAAAUAAUGAUCUGAAUAUGAAGCUUUUUGAACGACAACUGUAACUGCUAGUCUUAAAAGACAACAUGAAACAUGAUGUAGUUCUGAGUGAAAUAGGAUGUUUAACAAGAAACAAAAGUAGGACAAGAUGUGAUUUUAUCCAUUGCCAGUGGAUUGGACUGUAAAAGAAAUUGUCUCCAUACAGUUGAGUCUCCCUGUAUCAAAGCGGCUUUGAUUGUCUUCAGCCGUAAAGGAAAGUCAUCUCAGAAGUAGAAAUUAUAACAUUUUGAUCAAAGAUUCUGAAAACAAACCUUUUUGUCUUUUGAAUAACAUACUUUAAUGAAUUAUGCACAAUAAAAACAAGAAACAUUUCAAAUAAACCUGUUUUAGGUCUGUUUUGAUUUUAUGCUGAUUUUUGUUUCCUUUUAUGUUUACACUCACGUUUGGCCACAACAUGCCCUGUAAAGGCAUAAUUAUUGAACCUUAUAUUGAACCUAUAUUGCAAAAACGAAAAUCCCAAAAAAGUUUGCAUAUUAGUAUCAUAUUUGAUGCAUCAGAUUUUCUUGCGUAUAUAAUAUAGAAUAUGAGUAAGAGUUUGUACUCGCCAAGUUUUAUUCAAAAGCUUAAACUGAGCAAAAAUAUGCUAUUUUAUGCAGUUUCUGAUAUUUAUCGUAAGAUGAAAUUUUGAUAGCUUGUAAUGUAAAUCAAUGAGAUGUUAUAACUGUAUUACAGACUCCUUACAUAAAAUGCAUAUAAAUAUCAGUUCUAUAUCUAUAUCAAUUCUACAUUUCCCAAUAUGUCUUAGUGAGAUUUGUUUAAAUGCUUAGUUUUAUUAUCAAAGCUCUGUGCAAUACAAUGAUUAUUGAGAGAUGAACAAAUAAUGCUCCUCAAAAACCGAUGCAUCUAUUUGAUACAUUUGUAUGGAUAAUCAAUUAAACCAAAGUUGAUUCAGUCAACUAAAUGCUCAUCUUGAAAUCACUAUCACUAACAAUGUGAAAGUUAUUCUAAUGUUUACUUACUGCUAAAAAAGUAUCAACUCAAUAAUGUCUGAUCAAUCAUGUUGAUCGGUCAGAGGCCCUAGAAAUUUGCACAUCACAUAUGAUACAGAUUUCUAAGGUAUCAUACAGUAGACUUUAUAGGGUUAAAACUUGAACAUAUAUGGUGCUCAUAAUGUAUGCAAACUGCGUCAUUUCCCACUUCCAUUCCUGUCCUCUCUCGAAUCGCUCAUAAAUAAUAAAACAAAACCAAUUAGGCUUUUAGCCUUGUCAGUGUCAAUGUCAUGCAAAAAAAAAAAAAACUUCCUAUAUGGUGAUGCAAAAUGUGACAACCUUCAGAUAUGUUAAGUAGAAAUGAAAUUAACACAACUAACAAACUCCUUAUAAAACGGUGGUGCUUCCUCUUAAAUUGAUAAUAAACUGCAUCCACCUGCGUCAUCAUUUCUCUGUGCCAGGAUGAAACGGAUGGAAAUCCUUAAUUUCCUGUGCUUGUAAAUGAUUCAUCACACUCACUGUAUGACGCAUACGAUGCUUUCACAUCUACAAACAUCAGUGCAUAUGAUCAUCUUAUUAGCGGACCAAACGAGCACUGAAAGCAUCUGACUGGUACAGUGAGUGUUUAGUAAGACAACAGCUGUGCGUUCUGUUGAGAGGGUCUCUGUGUUAAUGAGUGUGUGAGUUUGUCUGUUAAUCCCGUGCAGAUCAAAGCCUGUGAUUAAAGUCCACCUUCAUGUUCCGUUCCUCCUGUGGUGAGAGGAUUCAGAAUUCAUACAUCUGCUCAAACAUGAACGAAUAAGCUGUCACGAUAAGGGCGAUAAACCAUUUUUCAUUGACUUGUAAUCAGCUGCUCUCAAGGUGAUUUUUAGCAGAUGUGUGAAGUCAGUUCCCCUCAUCACAUUAACUAUGAACAAACACACUGUUUAACAACCACAAAGACUGAAAUCUUCAUUUUGAACAGUGUAUCAAAUGUUUUAGAAUUUAAGACCUAAAAAAACUGUUGUUUGGUUUGAUAUAUUGAUAUCUCCACCGAUGACUUUCAGUUGAUCAAGCCUGCAUUUAUUUGACCAAAAAUACAGUAAAAAUAGUAAUAUUGCUACAAUUUUAAUUAAAGAAAAUAUUUUAAUACUUUUCAGCAGGCAUUACUCGUCGUAUUUGUUUGAACUAGAAAUAUUUUGUAACAUCAUAAACAUCUUUACUGUGUGUUUAAAAAAAAAUCUAUUUAAUGGUUCCUUGAUGAAUAAAAGUAUUAAUUAAUAUUAUAUAUAAUACUAAAUAUAUAACAUAUUUAUACAAUAAUUAUAUAUAUGUAAUAAUUGUGUCCGUGGCUUAUCAAGGCUGCAUUUAUUUGACCAAAAAUACAAUAAGCAUAGUAAUAUUGUGAAAUAUUGUUACAAUGUAAAAUAAUAUAAUUUGUUCCUGUGUGGCAAAGCAGAAUUUUCAGCAGCCAUUACCCUUAAUUGUUUGAACUAGAAUUUUUUUUAGAAUUCUUUACUGUCAUUUUUAAUCAAUUUAAUGGAUCCUUGAUGAAAAGUAUUAAUUAAUAUUAUAAUCUACCUAUCUGUAUUAUAUACAUUCAAGAUUUAUCAAGGCUGUAUUUAUUUGAUCAAAAAUAAAAUAAAAACAGUAAUAUUGUAAAAUAUUAUUACACUUUAAAUGAACCUAUUUCUAUUUGAAUAUGCUUUAAUGCAAUAUAAAUGUAUUUCCAGUCACUUUCAAUCAAAUUAAUGGAUCCUUGCUGAAUACAAGUAUUAUUUUUUUAUUUAAUUUUUUACAAUUUCUUAAACCUAUAUAUAUUCUCCCCCUAUUUAAACAAGUCAGCCUGUGUGAAAUUCAGUCUAGAGAAAUUUGCUAAAAUUCAAACAUAGCUACUUGUGAGUCAAGUAUUCUGAAAAGGCCGUAGGUAGAUUAUGGAACUGGAACUUCUAUUAAUCUAACAAUAAUCUUGAUCAAUAUCAUUUGAUCAGUUUGCCAAACACACUGUUGAUACAGAAGGAAAUCAAGGCUGUGGAUUUUGCUCCCUGCUGCUUUGGUUUUUUAGCUAACCUUUAUUUCAUCAGGGAGUCUCAGUGAUGUUGUUACUCUUUCUUCAAAGCGGUUACCCGCUGUGCACAUGUGCAGCACUCGUUUGCUCUGCCCAUUUCUGAAAACAAUUUGAUUCUGCUUGGACCAGGGCCACACAUAAUUCAAGCUUGGCAGUAAUGGCAUUUUCCAGCUUUAAUCGCAGGAAAUUGGAGAUAGUGAUGUAGCGUCUAAUUCUGCCAGUCAUUUGGCUGCUUUUUAUUUCAUGUGCCUCGGGAG